GCUCGCGUUCUCGCGCGGACGGCAUCACGCUUCUCUCGCGUGCGCCACGCACGCAUCGACUCCGCGCAAUACAUCUCGUACGUUCGCACACUCGCGCCACGGGCAAUCGCUCUCUUUCUCUCGGCGCGGCCUCUUUUUCGCGCGAUCCAGUGUCCGAGGCACGUUGCGCCCGCGACGUCCCGACGGAAACUGGGCCCCGGAGCCGAUUCAGCGGUCCAACCAUCGUCGAUCGAUCGUCGCAGUCGCCCGAGCAGUGCCUUCGCCGAGAGCAGCGUGCACGAAGAACAAACGAGCGAAUCCGCGAGUGCUGCAGUGUACGUGCGCGCGCGCGCGCGCGCUCGCGUGUGAUGUGUGCUCCGUGCAGCUCGUCGCAUGGGAAAACAUGCGUGGGCUGAGUGGCGCGAGAAGGCCCAAUGACAAUGAGCUGAUGCUAGCGCUGCUGCUCUGGGUGCUGCUGGUGUUGGUCUACUGCGUGAUCGGCCUGUCGGCGGGGCUGCAGCCAGUCUACAAGUAGAGUGCGAGUCGUCGCGCUCCCACGAUGCCAUUCGCAUUCCGGCCGCCUGCAACUGGGUCGUUGCCGUCGUCGACUCGUAUCCGAGCGACAGUCUCCGAGCGUACCAGCAUUAUGUCCCGCGACCAUUCGCCACGACGUCCUCGCCGCCGCCGAUGCACGCAGAACAGAUCGCAAGGGACGCUCAACUACUUGGUGUUCGCGGCGACAGUGUAGGAGAGCUCUCGCUGGAAGCGCAGUGCUCUCUUUCUCGUCUGUCUGCCAGUCUUUCUUUCUCUUUAUCGCACCUGACAUUCGCUCGUGCGCGCGCUCUCUCUCGCUCACUUAGUGCCUAUAUACACACACCUAUAUAAGCUUCGCAAUAGCUCGCAACGAUCGCUCGACUACUGCUGCUGCUGUCCAUAACCUCCAAAAGAAAGCAGCAGGUGCGAUCGUCGUAGCCGCAAGUGUCGGUCUCUAUCGAGGAGGCGGACGAGCUUGCUCCUGGACGGAGACGCCAAGAAGACACCAGGUGUAGCGCCGCAGCGAGCUCGCGGACAGACGAGGCUGUGGCGUGGCUUAGAUCACUGCUCCGACGAAGACUGUCAACGUCCUCGCGGACACGACGUCGGGUGUUUCGCAAGCGUGUUGACCCGAGGUGUCGGAGUGCUAAACAAUUGACCAGUAAGCGCGAGCAUCUCGCGCUCUGUCCAUCUCUCUGCUCUUGCCGUUCGUCGAGCGCGAGUGUUGUGUAUUUCUGUGUGUGUGCCCGCUGUGUGUGUGUGUCAAGAAGAAGACGAAGAAGAAGAAGAAGAAGAAGAGGAAGAAGAAAACCUGAAGAACAAGACGAACAAGAAGAAGCAGCAGCAGCCGCAGUGCGGACGUCGGCCGUUCCGAGCAGACCGAGCUCGACGUCGAUUGCGACAGCACGACUUGCUGAGAAUCGAGAUUAUCGAAAAGCGAGCCAGAGUAAGACAGCCAGAGAGAUAAGGAUAAGCGUCGCUGGCAGUCGCGAUAAGAGACAGCCGAGUUGUCGCUUGGUGUUGAGGUUAGGUCGUUUGUUGGGUGCGCGCAUCGUCGCGGGAGGAGAGAAAGGAAAGGAGAAGGCGGCGGCGGCAGCGGCAGCGGCAGCGGCGGCACCUCAUCAAAACCUCGCGCGAGUAGGCAGCUGCUGAAGAAAGACGGCGCCAGCGGCGGCAGUCGAUGAAGACGACGACGACGACGACGGCGACGACGAGGUCGAGAAGGCCGCCUUGUCGUACCCUCAAGAGGCCGGCCCACCUCGACGGAACCGUUCCCCGCGUCCUCACCAGCGCGAGCUGCAGGGCCAUGCUCAGUUUCCUCGCUAGACUCUCAGGCAGAAGGCGGAGGUGGCGGCACGCGCGCUCCCCGCGCAGGCCAGGUGCGGGCGCAGCCGGCGCGCGCGCACGGGCGCGCGCCGUCAGUAGCAUGCCGGAGGCGGACGAGACGAGCUGCGCGCGCUGCCGGGCCCAGAGCGCCUGCUCGUGCGAGCUGCUCGGCCUGGACGGGCCGCGCGAGCAGCAGGCGCCCCACUGCAGACGCGCCAGGCACCCGCGCCGGCGGCGCGCCGCGGCCGAGGCCGGCCGCGGCUGCGCCCGCCGGGCCGCCGCGGUGCUGCGGCGUAGGCCGCCCGAGGCCGGCUGGCGGGCCUCCUGCCUCGCGGCCACGCUGCUCAUCCUCUCCACGGGCCUCAUCUCCUGCGCCGAGGCCUGCUCGUCGCGCUCGACCCCCAAGCCGCGCCCGCCCGCGCCCACGCCCCGGCCCAACAUCACAUUCCACAUGUUCACCUGCCCGCCGGACUACGCCGAGUGGUACUGCCUCAACGGGGCCACGUGCUUCACCGUCAAGAUCGUCGAGUCGCUGCUCUACAACUGCCUCUGCGCCAACGGCUACAUCGGCCAGAGAUGCGAGUUCAAGGAUCUCGACGGCUCCUAUCUGCCCUCGCGCCAACGCAUCAUGCUCGAGACUGCCAGCAUCGCGGGUGCCGUCACGAUUGCGGUCGUCCUCGCCGUCAUCACCUUCAUCUCCGUCUAUAUCCACUGCAAGCGAAAGCAGAAGGAGUUGCGCAUGAAGAGCAACGGCAACGGCGUCGACGCGGUGGACGGCCUACCGAGGGACCCCGAGCUCAGGCCCUUUUGCAGUCGCAGUCGCUCUCUCAUGAUAUUCAUGGCCAAGAAUCCCAACAACUCGACCACUCCACCGAUCGAGCACACGAGGAUGCCCAGCUGGAAUUACCAGCCAAGCUGCCCGGCCGAAGCCUCCGCACGGAUGGCGAGUGUCAACGAGAGCAAGCGACCGAGCCAGUAGAGCAAACCGAUGAUACGCUUCACCCCACAGCUUCCUUCCUCCUCAUCCUUCUCUCCUCCUCCUCCUACUGCUGCUGCUCCGAUGCCGCUUCUGUCGCCGAGAUCGAGCAGCAAAGUCAUCCGACGACCACGACCACGACAACUGCCCGUUCGUCUGUCGACGACUGUUCGCCGCACACGCAUUCUACCAACCCCAUCCCCUCUAAUCUUCACCACGAGCAGUGCUCUUCCUCCUCCUCCUCCUCCUCCUCUUCCUCCUUUUCACCACCCCUCCCGCCCGAUAUCCCUCCUCCUUUUCUCCCUUCGACUUUUCGCAUUCGAAGGGAUCCCGGCGAACCACUCUCCCACCCACUCAAGUGGCGAGAACCUGCCAUCCGAUUCCUCCUCCCCACCGACGAACAAAUGUACGGACAGGCGAAUCGAUGGGCGCUCGAACGCAGAUGGACAAGAAAGAGGGAACGAGGUGCGCGCACGCCUGACGAGAGGAAAUUGCUGCAUUCGACAUGCGUUUGUAUUGUUACUCGACUUCGAAGCGUUCCGUUGCCGAAAAAACUUGCUCGCUCUUCCGCUCUUACACACAAACAUACACAUGCGCGCGCCCGCACAAACACACACACACGCGCACGCGCGCACGCGCACACACACACACACACACACACAUUUAUAUAUAGCCAACUAAAUAGAGGAGGUUCGACCUGUAGCUAUAUUAUUAUUAUUAUUAUUAU